CUGAGGCCUGAACCCGGCAGCCAAUCGACAUUGAUUAAGAGUCAGCGUUAUUCUACUUACUACACUCUACUUCCUAAAGUAGCUGAAUCCUUGACAAUUUCAUCUUGUCCUUGGUACGAGCCAUUGGAACAAGUGGUCUCGGAGAGUUCUAUAAUCUCAACAGGCCGGUGUGCCUUUUUCCCAUAUUCUGAGCAAUAUGGAAUAGGGAACAAGAACAACAACAAACCGGCAAUUUUGGGAUAUAAGGAAUGACAAGAACAGGUGAAUAAGAAAUAGUAGUUAACAAUAAUCAUAAUUUUUUUUUUUAUCAAAAAAAAAAAAAUUCUUAAUAGAUAAUAAUGGAUGGCCAAAUUUCAAGACUUGUCAGUGGACAAAGUACUCAAGUCUGGAGACGUUUUAAUAAACCUUACACACACUUUCUGGAACUACUGAUCCUGCUGGUUCUUUGUUUUUCCGGAACAUAUAGUGCCAAUGUAGCUCUGCCACCAGGCUCUGUUGAUCUCCUCGAGGCAGUGAACAUUCAAAGUCACACUGGAAAAGCAGACAACAUUGUAGCUGAUACAGGCUUCUGUCCACAACGGGUACAAUCAGAUGGUGGUGAUCCGGAGAAGGGUAUCCCUGAUGUAGCAUACUAUUUUAGUGCUGAUUCCAACUUGCUUAGUGUUAAAGCUGAAGAUGUCUUCAAAGGAGGUUUUCCAGUAAACUUUUCCAUCUUAGCCACAUUCAAAGCUGAUGUUGGAAACUCUGCUAAUUUAUUUACUCUUUAUCACAAUGAUGAUGCUAGGGAGCAGCUAUCACUGAAGGUUGGUUCUGAGAUCCGACUGCUUUACAGUGACACCCAGAAAUCUCCAGAACCAGAGUAUUAUCCAACUCUGAAGAUUAAUCUGACCGAUGGCGAAUGGCAUCGUAUCGGAUUCAGUGUGAAAGGUGAUGCUGUCACAUUCAUCUUCGACUGUGAACAGGACAAGACUUUCCAUUUGCCACGAAAGUCCAAUCUUGACCAUCAUGGUUUGGUUGUUAUUGGUAACCAACUGCUAGAAAGUGAAUACUACAGUGGAGCCAUUCAAGAUCUAUUGAUCGUCAAUGAUUCUGCAGCUGCCUACGACCACUGCCAAUACUACUGUCCAAGCUGCAAUAAAGCCUUUCAAAGUCGCAGCUUUGGUAUAUCAACAGAUAUUGAAGCAGCUGGCGCAAAUGCUGCAACUACUAAUGUGGUUUCGGUUCCAGAUGAUGGAUCUGGUGGUGGUUCAUAUGAAACAAAUUUUAGGGUAUAUUAUGGUCCUAGAGGAUCCCCAGGCCCCAGAGGUCCACCGGGUAAAAGUGGAGUCAAGGGCGAUUCGGGAUAUCCUGGACGUGAUGGUCUCCCAGGUGCAAAUGGAUUACCUGGGCCCCCUGGACACGUAUUCAUUAUACCUUUGAACUGGGACGCUACAAAAGGUCCAAAUAACCAGGCUGAUAAUUUGAGGUCAAUGCUUAGUCAACAUAUGGUAAGUAACUAAUACAUACACAACAAUUGUUUUAUUCAU